AUGGGAGACAACGUAUCGAAGCGGCUGCGGUUGGUGUCGGCUGCGGACGCGGAGAUGGAGGAGCGCUGCUUUGCUAACCGCUAUCCGGACUACGAGCCAGCUGCCCUCACGUCCACCUCAGCGGACACAGACGUGGACUCGAACCGGCCUCUGGACACCAAUGGCAUGGUGAGCUCUGCAUUCCAAAGUAAGGUCUCGAGUAAGAUCAAGGAUCUCCUGCAGCAGAUGGAGGAGGGUCUGAAGACUGCGGACCCCCAUGACUUCUCUGCUUACACAGGCUGGACAGGCAUUGCCCUUUUAUACCUGCAGUUGCACCGUGUGUCCCACGAGGCUUCUGACUUGCAGAGAGCUUUGGACUACGUGAAGAGGGCCCUUAGGAACUUAAAUGGCCGCAAAGUGACUUUCCUGUGUGGGGAUGCAGGGCCGCUGGCGGUCGGGGCCGUGGUCCACCACAGGCUGGGGAACACUGCUGACAGCAACGACUGUCUCACCAAGCUCUCCCAGCUGCAGCGAGCGGUGUUGAGUCCAGACUCUGACAUGCCAGAUGAACUGCUGUAUGGUCGGGCUGGCUACCUCUACGCUCUGCUGUAUGUCAACAAGGAGAUAGGGGCUAAUACAGUGGAUGAGAGCACCAUCACCAAGGUAGUCACAGCCAUCGUAGAGUCGGGGAAGAGCCUCGCAGCAGAAGAGAAGAAAGCCGAGCGCUGCCCACUGCUGUACGAGUGGCACAGGAAGCAGUAUGUGGGCGCCGCCCAUGGCAUGGCUGGUAUCUUCUACAUCCUCAUGCAGCCUGAAGCGAGGGUCCCUCCAGACAUCCUGUCAGAGUUGGUGCGCCCCAGCAUUGACUACGUCCGUCACAAGAAGUUUCGCUCGGGCAACUAUCCCUCAUCAUUAAGCAACGAGACAGACCGGCUAGUGCACUGGUGCCAUGGAGCUCCAGGUGUCGUGCAUCUGCUUAUCAUGGCACAUAAAGUGUUUAAGGAGGAGAAGUACCUGAAGGAGGCUGUGGAAUGUGGCGAGGUGAUCUGGCAGCGUGGCUUGCUGAGGAAGGGCUAUGGCCUUUGCCAUGGCACAGCCGGGAAUGGCUAUGCCUUCCUCUCCCUCUACCAGCUCACCCAGGAAAAGAAGUACCUGCACCGGGCUUGCAAGUUUUCCGAGUGGUGUUUGGACUAUGGAACCCAUGGCUGCCGUAUACCAGACAGACCCUACUCUCUCUUUGAAGGUAUGGCAGGUACCAUCUACUACCUGUCCGAAGUGGGCAAGCCUGAAGCUUCCCGUUUCCCUGCAUUUGAACUUUGACCUGCUUACCCUUUAGGCAUGUUGGGAAGCAGGCCUGAGGAUGGCAGGCAGAAUGCUGUGUUGGAAAGACAUUUUGAGGCGGUUCCUGGGAUGCUGAACCUGAUGUGUAGGACUUCCUCCUGAGUCAGAAUGGAAAGUGGAGAGAAGCGGGAUCAGAAGAAGGGGGGACACCCAGGUUAUCAAAACCAGUUUGUGUUAAUGAGUUGUCUAAUGGAUUGAUGGAACAGAAAAAUGGAAAACAAACAUGUAUUUUUUGACAUCAUUCUGGUCCAGGUUGUUAAUCUUGAAUUGAACAGACCAGGUGGACCAGACAGGUAUAAUGAUAUCCAACAGAUGAUUCUUGUACAUAUUGAUCAAACUCUUUCAUCAGUGAAAAUGAAUAUUUAUCUCAUCUGCAGCUUGGCCCUUUAAAGAGGUGGUGAACAGUUUUCUUGGGUUUUUUAAAAUGAAAACAUGGGUCGGGGUGGUGGAACUGACUGUCCUCGUGAUAAAUUCACCACAAAACGAGACUGCAUCACAUGGCCAGUUUGAGGGAGACAGUCUAUGCUUUUUCUUUCUUUGAGGAUAAAAUAUAUAUUAUGGUCAACCCCUCCUAAUUGCCCACGUCAUAUGGGGGUAUCUAAGUCGUACGGGGGCAUCUUGAGACCAGUGUGAUGUAGGAGACACCUGAGGUCCAGCGCAUUACACCAACAAUAUAUGAGGAACAGAGAAAGGCGACGUGCCGGUAUCGGCCAGUCGGCUCUGUGCAUAACUGUAGUCAAGGACUUCCGGUUUCUACUGCAGCGGUCCAUGAUAAAUCUUGCAGGCAUCGUGAAAACUAUGCCAUUGUCAAUAGCACCCGCCAGCAAACAGGAAACUUGUAUAACCGCUGCAGUAAAACCGGAAGUCCUCGACUACAGUUAUGCACAGAGUGGAUUAAACUCUAGGUAGACGGGUGAGACGCUGGGGCAUCAUGUCCUACUACAACACUGCCACCUUCAGUCUAACCCACACCACCAUUACUAUCCUCUACAGCUACACCCUUUUUAUCCUUUUUCUAAACGUGAGGAGGUGGAGACAGGCGGUGAGUCACCAGCGGUGACUUGCUCAUGUAGGAAUACUCACCAGUGUGAGACGCUUUAGCAUGGGGCAAGGAACGUCAACACCUGGCCUGGAAGACCGUUUUGGACCUGAAUGAAUAUAACCCAAAGGAGACAAUCCACAAUUUGUAUUUUUUUCUCUUUUUUUUUUUUUUUUUUACAAUUUAUAUAUUUUUACUUAAAGAUAAAUACGAAGUGUUUUCCACUAAAAUUCUUCAUUUGUGGAUUUAAAACAAGUUUAAAAAGAUUCGACAUAGGAUGGUGUUUUAUAUUUGUGGAUCACAUGAUGUUCAUCACGGGACAUGUGGAAGUCACCCUGUACACAUGUUAAAUGAUCUGUUCCGUGAUUCAGUGGAUCUGAGGUGCCGUGUCCCGUGUCACAGGUCUGAUGUCAGCUUGCAGUGGUGACGGGAUGAUGUUAGUAAGGUGACACACUGCUUAAACAACUGCACAUAUAUUUACAGAGAUCCUCCAAUAUAAAGAAUGCAUCUAGCGUGUAAAACUUUGAAAAUUGACACAAACCCUGUUGAAAACAUGUUGCACUUUUUAGGUUGUGUUUAUUAACGUCCAAAAAACUCUUCCACAACCUCCCAGUCCCUUUAAAUGUGUUGCUAACUGGCCUGGAUGCAAAACAAAAGCAACUGUGCCUGAGGCCUUGCUGUAUAGAUGAACCAUCAAGGCUUGGAGAGCAGGUGUGUGUGUUUCUGUGUGUUUGUGUGUUUGUUGUGUAUGUGGCUCGAGCUCUUUUGGCACUACGGUGUGGUCUGGAAGGAACUCGAGCUGUUUGGAUAUCUUUAUGCCUCUGCAUGCUUCUCAUAAUGUGCUGUUGCUUCCUCUUGUCCUGUCAGUGUAGACGUUUCAUUUCCAAAGUGUUGUGCUGUGCUCUUAUUCCCACUGCUGAACCAUCUUCCUACAUGUUCAUGUGUUGACUGUACCAGGUCACUUCCUCUGUAUGACACACGUCACUGGAGAGGUUCUGCACAGUUAAAAAACCGAGAAUGUAAAGAGGUCAUAUGAAAUACAAAACAUAAUC